GUGUCUUUCCGACCAAUGAGUCUGGCGGAGAAUCGCUCAUAGUGAUGCAAGAUCGAAGCAUUCCUGGAACCUCGAUCGAUCGUCAAUACAAAAUUGAUUGACUGGGCGGAGAACAAUAUGUUGGGAUUUUGGACCUUUGCUUCUGAGGCGUCAAUUAUGCCACCGGGUCCAACUAAUGAGUAAACUAUCUACAAUGAAAUUGCAGUAUAUAAUCUACGAUGACUCGACGACAGUUGGAAUCUCGAGUGCAAAUCUUGAGUGCAAGUUUCCUUUGAAUUGCAACUACUCUUUUCUGAAAAUAUCCUCAUGUUUCAAUCACUGAUGCGGGCUUUGGCCGCGGCACUCAACUGCCUGUCAAAGCUAUCGUCUGGCCGCCUAUUCUCGCUGUCCACCGCUGCCAGCACUGAUACAGACUCUUGUCCGGGAUGGAAGCCAGCAGUGGCCACGGUCAGCUUGGGGGUGGCUUCAAUGCACUCAUUCGAGGCCAAGAUCGACGCCGUGGCGAAGAAUGGUCUCCAGGGCAUCGAGCUGUUCUACGAUGAUCUGGUCCAGGUGGCGCACGCUCUACGGGAGGAAGAUCGAAAGCGGGGCCGAGGGCAGGGUUCUGGAGAAGAGAUAGAUCGGAAGGGAGAAGUGGAGGAGGAGGAAGAUGAAGAAGAAGCCACGGCGUGGGCGUAUGAGAUCACUGCUGCGCACAAGAUCCGCGAGCUCUGCCAGCAGCGCAAGAUUGCAAUCAUCUCCCUGCAACCAUUCCGCAACUAUGAGGGCAUCCUCGAUCCGACAGAGCGGGCGAAUCGGAUACGCGAACUGCGGCACUGGAUUGAACUGGCGGGGAUCCUCGGCGAUGAGGAGAAGGAGAAGGACAAGGGCAGCAUCAGCAUCCUAAUCCCGUCCUCCUUCCUGCCCGCCUCGCAGACGACGGGGGACCAGGAUCGCCUAGCCGCCGACCUGGCGCUAGCAGCCGAUCUGGCCUUCCCCACGCGCAUCGCGUACGAAGCGCUCGCGUGGGGCACGCACGUUCACACCUGGGAGAGAUCGUGGGAGGUGAUCCGACGGGCGAACCGGGGCAACCUGGGCGUGUGUCUGGACUCGUUCAACAUCGCGGCGCGGGUGUGGGCAGACCCACGAGCGCCAACCGGAUGCCGGGGCGCCGACGGGGCGCAGGCCCUCGAGCAGUCGCUGCAGCGGCUGGUUCGUGAGAUCCGCGAUCCAGCGCGUGUGUUCGCGAUGCAGAUCGCAGACGGCGAGCGAGUCGAUCCGGCGGCGCCCUUUCUCCAUCUCGAGGACCAAUCGCCCUUGCUCGGCUGGUCGCGCAACGCACGCCUGUUCCCCUUUGAAGAGGAGCGCGGGGGGUACCUCCCCAUCCGCCAGGUGACCGACGUGCUCCUCCGGGGGCUGCGGUACCGGGGAUGGGUGAGCAUGGAGGUCUUUACGCGCACCACGCACGACGCCCGCCCGAGCGUGCCCGAGGAACAUGCAGCCCGAGCGGGCGAGGCGUGGCGUAGGAUGAUGGCGAGUCUGAGAGAUAGUUAGUCACUACUAACUAGUCACUAUUCCUGUUAGUACUCCUGCUCUACAUAGCUUAGGAUAGCUGAACUGACGUAGUAUCUCUACUCCUCUCCCCCGUUCCACAGACCGCUCAAAUCUGACUCGUCAGAGGCAGUGGCUUGCCGAUCUGUGGCAGUUUAUCUACACAAUGAACAGUCCAGCCUGUCGUGACAGGGUGGUUUGUCCCCAAUCCUGACUGGACAAUAGGGUCUUCGGGCAUGCCUUCAGAAGGAUCCGCAGGGCGUGAACAUGAUCUGAUUCCUGGUUUUGGAGUUGGCUCUGGAUAUUCUGCAGGAGCGUCACAUCACAUCACAGUACUCCGUACGAAGUAUACUCCCUGGCUGAAGAUUUCUACCGAGGCAAACCAUAGCAUGUGUCCUGGGAAUGGGUAAAGGCGAGUCUGUAUUUAUUGAGGUUAUAUUCCAAUUCAUUUAUACUC